AUGGGCUUCGUCGAGGACGAGCUCAAGCAGCUCAAGGAUGUCAUCUCGAACCUCGACUCGCGCAUCAGGCGCCUUGAGCAACGCACCACUGGCACUUCCCCCUCCACCGCGGACAUUCGCAUGAUCCUAAUCGGCCCCCCCGGUGCAGGCAAGGGAACCCAGGCUCCAAAGAUCAAGGAGCGCUUCUCCUGCUGCCAUUUGGCCACUGGCGACAUGUUGCGCUCCCAAGUUGCCAAAAAAACCCCCCUCGGCCGCGAGGCAAAGAAGAUCAUGGACCAGGGUGGUCUUGUCAGCGACGAUAUUGUCAUUGGAAUGAUCAAGGAGGAGCUCGACAACAACAAGGAGUGCCAGGGCGGCUUCAUUCUCGACGGUUUCCCUCGCACCGUUCCACAGGCCCAAGGUCUUGAUAUCAUGCUCCAGGAGCGCAAUCAGAAGCUCCAACACGCCGUCGAACUGCAGAUUGACGACUCGCUCCUCAUCGCUCGCAUCACCGGCCGUUUAAUUCACCCAGCCUCGGGUCGCUCAUACCACACCACCUUCAACCCCCCCAAGGAGCCAUGGAAAGAUGAUAUUACCGGCGAGCCCCUCAUCCAGCGGAGCGACGACAACGCCGACGCUCUCAAGAAGCGUCUUGGCACCUAUCACCAACAGACCGCCCCCGUUGUCAACUACUACCAAAACUCGGGCAUCUGGAAAGGCAUCGAUGCCAGUCAGCAGCCUGGCCAGGUUUGGAAGCAAAUGUUGAAUAUCCUCGAGAAUGCCAACUCGAGCCACACCUCGGGCGUCUUGAGUAGAAUUGCUGGCAAAGCCUAG